AAUGCCACCCAAUCCAAUUCUGCUAAGACAACAGAGUCUGUACAGAAUGUCUUAACAGUUGUCCGCUUAAUGAAAGUAAUUGCUUCUGUCUCACAAACAUUUAAAGUUGACAAGUCCAUCAUGAUGGAUUUUCUAAUAACAUCUGAUGUCAUUUCAUCAGUAUCGGCACGGAAAACAUGGGAGCAUUUGAACCAAAUGUAUACAACACAGACUAUGAGCUCUGAUCUUCUGAAGUCUGCUGAAAAAAUUGGAGGCAGACUCACAGAUGACAAUUUUAGGAUAACAACAAACAGCACUCAGCUGGACAGAACUAAAACUUCUGGUCCAUUUUUUGGAACAUUUGGAGUAAAUUCCACUACACAGAUAGAUAUCCCAGAGCUUACAGGACAGACUAUGAUCACCACCAUAGUUUUCUCAGCCUAUGACAAUGUCUUGUCUGUUCGAAAUACACGCUACGAUGCUUCAAUCAAUGGAGAUGUGGUGGCGGUCAUUGGGAAUGGCACAGUUUACAGCAUCUCUCUUACCUUUGAUAUCAAAAAUAAGUCAAUGGGAAUCCCUCAGUGUGUCUUUUGGAACUACAAACUUUUGGGAGGGAUUGGAGGAUGGGACUCAACUGGAUGUGAAAUAAAGCCUUUAGUGAAUCAAAUUGGCAAGUUUAAGUGUGAAUGCAGUCACACAACCUCAUUCUCAAUCCUGAUGUCACCAUCUUUUUUUGUGUAUUAUCUUGCCUUAAACUUUAUAACCUUCAUAGUUGUCGGCAUUUCGAUAAUCUGCUUAAUUUUGGCCCUCAUUAUUGAGAUCAUCGUAUGGAAGCCAUUGACCAGGAAUGACACAGCCUACAUGCACCACGUCUCCAUAGUCAACAUCGCUCUGUCCCUCCUGAUUGCGGACAUAUGCUUCAUCAUUGCAGCAGCUAUUGUUAAAGACGGAGAACCAACACCAGUGGGUUCCUGCAGUACAGCAACAUUCUUCAUGCACUUCUUUUACCUUGCUCUCUUCUUCUGGAUGUUAUUCUCAGCGCUCCUGCUCCUCUACCGCACCAUUAUGGUGGUUGCUAGAAUGUCUAAGUCCAUUAUGUUGGCCAUAGCAUUCUCUGUUGGCUAUGGGGCCCCGUUACUCAUAGCUGUCAUCACUGUGGCAGUAACAGCUGGAGGUGGAGGAUACAUCCAGGAAAUGCACGUCUGUUGGCUGAACUGGUUCAAAACUAAGGCCCUCCUGGCGUUUGUGAUUCCUGCUCUGACUAUUGUAGUUAUGAACCUCCUGGUGCUUGGUGUGGUCAUUUGCAAGAUGAUAAGGAGGGGAGUUGGUAACAUCUCUCAGCCAGAUGAGAAACAUGCCUUAAAGAUGAUUGCCAGACGUGUGGGCAUUUUAACCCCUCUCUUUGGUCUGACCUGGGGAUUCGGCAUCGGGACCAUGGUGACACCUGCUUUAGGGGUUCACAUUGUGUUCGCACUCCUUAAUUCACUGCAGGGUUUCUUUGUUUUGCUGUUUGGAAUGCUGUUGGACAGAAAGGUCCGCAAGGCACUGGCAGUAAAGCUGAGACUAAAGAAUAUCAGCUCUAUCCACAGCAGGUUACAGAGCACUGAUGCAGAGCCAGCAUCUUCUACUGGACUGGACUUCAUUGGAGGGUUAGGUCUAAACAGGGCAUACACUGUAUCAAACUGCAGUGGAUCCUCAUGUUCAAUCAACUCGGACACAUUUAUCAGUACUGUGCAAUCCAAAGAUGCAGAUGAUGAGGAAAACAAGCUCAUAGAAGACCAAGGCUGAAGAUGAUUCCACUUGUUCAGAAUAUGAAUUCCGCAUGUGAAUCCAGAUGAUGUUGAAGACAAACUGAAGCUAUGAAAUUUCUAUCAAUUUGUGGCCACAGUCUGCAGAUGUCAGGAGGUAAUACUUGACCUUUCUCCUAUGGACUGAGACACUUAAAACUGUAUAUUAGAUUUAGACAGUUUACAGAGGUGUGAUAAAGUAUUAUAAAAUUUGUUUAUGCUAACUAAUACAUCAACCCUUUAUGUGUAACUUCCAUCGAGACUUCAUUUGAUGUUUCAUU